UCAGCGGAGUCGGUCUCAGGUCAUGUUUCUGUCAGACUUCCGUAAGGAGUUCUAUGAGUUGGUUCUGAGCCAGCGUGUGCUGCUGCUUGUUGCUUCGGAUGUAGACUCAAUAUGUGCUUGUAAAAUACUCCAGGCUUUAUUUCAGUGUGAUCAUGUGCAAUAUACAUUAGUACCAGUGUCUGGCUGGCAAGAACUUGAAACUGCAUUUCUGGAACAUAAAGAUCAGUUCCAGUACUUUGUUCUAAUAAAUUGUGGUGCCAACAUUGACCUGCUAGAAGUGCUUCAACCUGAAGAAGACAUCAUUUUCUUUGUCUGCGACACUCACCGGCCUAUUAAUGUAGUUAAUGUUUACAACGAAACACAGAUUAAACUCCUGGUUAAGCAAGAUGAUGACCUUGGAAUUCCUGCCUAUGAUGACAUCUUCAGGGAUGACGAGGAGGAUUCUGGUAAUGAAAGUGAUGGAUCGGAACCUUCAGGAAAACGUCAGCGAUUUGAAGAGGAAAUAGUGGAACGAACAAUGAAACGACGACAAAGAAGAGAAUGGGAGGCACGCAGGCAGGAAAUUCUCUUUGAUUAUGAGCAGUAUGAAUAUCAUGGGACUUCUUCUGCCAUGAUGAUGUUUGACUUGGCAUGGGUAAUGUCCAAAGACCUGAAUGAUAUGUUGUGGUGGGCUAUUGUUGGGCUAACCGAUCAGUGGGUUCACGACAAAAUCACUCAAAUGAAAUAUGUAACAGACAUUGGAGCCCUGCAGCGUCACGUAUCCCGGCAUAACCAUCGUAAUGGGGAUGAAGAGAACUCCCUUUCGAUCGACUGCAUGAGAAUAGCAUUUGAAUACGACUUGUGUCUUUCACUCUAUCAACACUGGUCUCUGUAUGAAAGCCUUUGUAACACUUGUUACACUUCUGCUAGCCUCAAGCUGUGGUCAGUGCAAGGCCAGAAGAAGCUACAAGAAUUCUUUGCUGAUAUGGGCUUACCUUUGAAGCAAGUAAAACAGAAAUUUCAUUCUAUGGACAUUUCCCUGAAAGAGAACCUACGGGAGAUGAUUGAAGAAUCUGCAAAUAAAUUUGGAAUGAAGGAUUUAAGAGUACAAACCUUCAGCAUCCAUUUCGGUUUUAAAAAUAAGUUCUUAGCCAGUGACGUAGUGUACGCGGCUUCUUCUCUAAUGGAAAAUACGGAAAAGGAUGAAAGUGGGUCUGAUAACUUUAUCAAGGCUUUGGAUAGCCUUUCCAGAAGCAACCUGGACAAGCUACGCCAAGGGCUGGAACUAGCAAAGAAGCAGCUGUGUGCCAUUCAGCGGACUGUGGCUAGCUGCAUCUGCACCAAUCUUGUAAUCUCACAGGGCCCAUUCCUUUACUGCUACCUCAUGGAGGGAACACCAGAUGUGAAAUUGUUCUCCAGACCAGUAUCAUUGUGCCUGCUUAGUAAAUACUUGCUCAAGUCCUUUAUCUGCUCUACAAAAAAUAAGCGCUGUAAACUGUUGCCAAUGGUUAUGGCCGCACCAAUGGAUGUUGAGCAAGGGACAGUGAUCAUGGUGGGGAUUCCGCCUCAAAUAGAAAGCUCCGACAAAAAGAACUUUUUUGGAAGAGCAUUUGAGAAAGCUGCAGAAAAUACCAAUUCCAGGACUCUACAUAACCAUUUUGACAUGUCUAUAAUAGAACUGAAAAUGGAAGAUCGGAGUAAAUUUCUGGAUGCGCUUAUUUCCCUUUUGUCCUAAUGGUAAGGUGGUGCUGAAGGACAAUUUUAAACAUUUUACUUACAACUGACUCUACAGCAUGCA